AGCGAAAUCCCGCACUACUUCCCAUAUCACUCUAUGCCAUGGCGAUACGACUGUACACCAAGAUGUUCCGCAAACAGGGUCAAACUAUUGACGCGGGCUUUCACAGUGCAUUUUGGAAUUACAUCGCUGGAAUCCGUGAGUUCUCUCCUGAGCGAAUGGCCCUUUCGGCUUUCAAGAUGGCACAUGAAGACAACCCACGCAAAGUUCCUCUUGACAUCGUUGUCAUUUGGUCAGCUCUCGACAACCAAUCAUUCACAGGCCGUAACAGUUUUAUCAAACUGGCCAUUCAUGUCCUUAGCAUUGUCCCCAACUCCGCCGGUGCUGAACGUACCUUCAGUCAGAUGGGACAGGUGCAUAGCGCCCUUCGUAAUCGGACCAAUGCUCAGCUCAUUCACAAGGAAGUCAUUUUCAAGAUGGACCUCAAGGUUCGAUACGACUUUGGCACCUCUCGUUCCCAAAGGAGGUUCAAGGAUUUCGCGAAUGUGCAGACUCUCAGGCCUGCCAACAUCUCGACUGCUAUCACAGCCGUUAACUCAGAAAUGGCAAGCUCAGCAGUACCGUCUCCUUCUGGUUCAUCUGCCAUCGCUGCUGUUCGCCCCUUUGCACUUGAAGCUCUAGCAGUCCUUGCGUCGAACAAUAGCGAGCCUGACAAUACUGAACCGCAAGAAGCGAUUCCCUAUCUCAUGGAAUCUGAACGACUUGAAGCCAUUUCCGGUCCCUUGGUUGCUUCGGCAGAAGAAGACGACAACGCUAACUCGCACGAUGCCGAGCAAAACUGGCCUCGUCGUAAUGAAGACGGUGACUCGCCAGGUGUGCCUGAAGGCGAGUCCUCCACUGGUGAUGGUCCUGGCGAGCCUGAGCGUACUUUGGCCUCUGAUGACAUAGCAGUAGAGGAGGGUCUUCUUUUGCGGAAUUUGUUUGACUAUGAGACUGAGGAGAGAUUCGGGACUUUCUGUUGGCAGAAGGGGGUCAUCAGCUUAGAGGCAGAAAUGGACCUAUAUGAGUUCCUGACAGUUGGUGGAAUGGAAUAAGGGUCUCUUCAUUUUUCAUCAU